AAGAAACGUACGUACACACAGAGUCUCCAUUCUUUUGCUCUAAUAGAAUGGUCAUGGCAAAGACCAGCGUCCUUGAGUUUGUUUUCUUGAUUCUCAUGGUGACUAGUGCACCCAUGACUGAAGCAGCAGUUUCAUGCAAUCAAGUGGUGAACUACCUCAGACCAUGUAUCAGUUAUGUGUCGAAUGGUGGAACACUGCCUAGUAACUGCUGCAACGGUGUUAGGGGCCUCUACGGCGCAGCUCAGACCACCACAGACCGUCAGGGAGUGUGCAAGUGCUUGAAAUCAGUUCUCAAUGGAAUCCGAUACAGUCCUAGAAACCUUGCUUUAGCAGCUGGCCUUCCUAAACAAUGCAAUGUCAAUGUCCCCUACAAGAUCGACCCCUCCACCAACUGCGACAAUGUGAAGUGAGCUGCGGUUCGAUGGCUUGAAGAAGUAAUAGUAACUGGUAUGAGAAUAAAUGGUGGCGUUCGAAGUCAGCUAGGCGCUUCCAAAUUUGGGUUUCUAUAUGCUGCAGUGUCCGUGUCUUGUCUCUACUCUCUAGUUCUUGUGUAUUAUUGCAAGCUAAGGUCUUAUAUAUUACUA